UUUGGCGGUUUGAUAAGAUGUCUUCUUUGUAAGCCAGAAGACAGGUUUGUGCUGAUAUAAUUGCGUGAAUUAAUUAUGUAGGAAAACUUGCACUGUGCAGUGAACAGCAUAAUCAAAUAGCGACGUUGAUACAUUUUACGUUUUUUUUUUGUUUUUGUUUUUUUGUUUUGUCUGGGCAUAGUAUAGCACGUACCACUGAAAGAUGAAUACAGCAAGAAGUUCUCGGCUUUUGUUAUUUAUUUUUUUCCAGAAGUUUAAUCGGUUGACCCGAGAAACGUUAUGUAUAUACAUUUAGUAUAUAGUUUUUGAUUCCGCAAUAAGAGAAUGUCUAGUGUCCCGUCUUCAGCCUGCCAUAAUGCGGAUUAUCUGUGGAUGUCCCUCCUGGCUUUGGGGUUUCGGCCGGGUGACGCCGCUGCUUCAAUCGGCAAACCGACUAGUCAUGUCAGCCUCGGCGUGCAUAUGUUUAGCAAACCCAACAAGGAUGCUUUUUACAUUGUAGCCCACUUCUUAUUUGAAAAAUUGAACCCCACACGUGCCAACGAUGUGUUCAGGUUUUGCUGGCCUCCACUGGAUAGAAAGACGGAUGCAGAGUUUCGUAAGAUGAGCUAUGGGUGGCUGCAGGAAAUCUAUAAUGAAUGUGGGGGUUGCUUUCCCAAAAUUGUUGCUUCUUUAUUUCUUUCUCCGGGUGGUGCCAAGUUUAUUAAUCUGAUCUUCCACUUUGCCAAAUAUGUUGUGAUGCAGGCCAUAAAGAAACAUGUCAGGGCUGAUGAUACAUGGGAAGCAGAAGUUGCAGGUUCAAAGGCUCAGUAUUUGGAGACAAAAACAAUGAGAUGUAAACUUGUAAAAAAUAGGUUUCAACAAGCAGCCUUAAGGCAGCAUAAUUUGAUCCAGGAGUACCAAAAAAAAGCACAGUCAUUGGUAAAAUCUAUGAGAGAUCUGAGAGCUGAAAGUGUUGAAUAUGAUAAUUUGCGGAAAUUGAAAAAUGAUCACGACGACCAAGAAAGGGGUGUUUGUGCUGGGAAGAUUAAAAAGGUUCAAUCCCUCUGGGCAUGUUUAAAAGAAGUAAUUUCCCAUCUGGAACAUGAAAAAGAGGUUGUGGACUCGGUUGUUAAAGGCAGUGUUGACCAGUACACUCUUGAUGGCACUGAUGUUUCGGUGAAGGUUCCAAGGUUGUUGCUGGAAAAGAUCGAAAAAUCUGUGCACACGUUACACACUGGUAAUCUGUAUGAGGCUGGAAAUAUAAAUUUCAUAAGAAUCAUUGAGCUAUUGAAUGACGCCCUGAAGCUUCUCUGUGAAGAGCAAUUGCGGACAGGCCCCUGUAAAGUGGAAUUAGAUGUGCAGUUAAUUGAGGGACAAAUGAAACUCCAGACUAAAACUUUGCAGGGUCUGAAACGCUUGAGGGAGAAAAUUACAAAGGAGGCCCUCCCUGAUGUAAAAGAAUCAAUACUUGAAAAAGAAAAGGCCUGGGAUAAGAAGUGGGAAGGACUGUUGAAGCAGAAUCCGUUGAGUCUACUAAACAAUGAGAAUCCAGCUCUUGAUCUGCUCCCGGCCAUGUCUGCCUUGUCUUUUGAGCCUGCCACAGAAGCUGGCUACAAAAUGAGUGUAUUCUCUCAGUAUCCAGCAGCAUUUCCAGAUUCACCAAAGGAAGGGACCUCAUCAAACAGCUUCUUGUGUGACUUGGGGAAGAAUAUGGAAAAGGAAUUGGAUCAUAGAAGGUCCUCAUUGGCUGAAAUAAUCAACACAACUGGUAGAGCAAAAUGUACAAGUCUGUCAGAGCCAUGUACUGAAUCUGACGUGAGUGGUGCACGACCAAAUGAGUGGAAUGAAGUCCAGGUAUAUAAAUCGUUAACUUCAGUUAAUGACUUUAGCUGCAAGAGAAAACGAACCCAGAGCCUGGGAAGGAUCCAAGCCAAUGCUCUUUACAAGGAAUAUGACAACCUGGCAGAUAAGUUUGCUGAAGCUGUGGCAACCAGCCCUGCUGGUUUUGGAAGGAAAGCAUUUGAACUGGAGGAUAUAUUAAGCACAUUAACUUCGGAUCCAUUUAUGACACGGAAGGAGCUUCCUCGCACACCAGAGAGCUUACUUUCAGAUAUAAGAAUUUCAUGGAGAAAAGCUGUUGUGGAAGGAGAAGCACAACAGGCAAGAUUGUCAGGAAAACAGAUUUCAGAUGAGACUGAGGAGCAACUUGACAAUUUGGUGGAUUCGAGCAUAGCUUGCUUUAUGUCGCCGCAAGGCUCUGAACUUGAGGAGACUUUGUCAGACCCAGUUAAUAAAUUGGCAAAUUGGACAGACUUUCCUACACCUGUAGCCAGUUGUGAGACAAAGAAAUUGUUCAAGACAGGGGUAAUAAAAGACUUACAAAGUGAGGUUUCCUCAUGGAAUAGUGCAAGUAAUGGAGCAGGGAGCCCAGAUCAUGACCCUGUAAUGCAACAUAAAUUAAGCCCUGAAGUGUCUUUCUUAAAUAUGAAACCAGCUUUACAAGCUGGCAGACAUUUGCCAAACAGAAAACUGACAGAUUUUUGUGAAUUAUCGUACGGGGUAGAAAGUGUUUCACUGCACUCCACGCUAUCUUGGAAUUCUACUCACAUGCUUGGAAUUGAAGGCUGUGCUGACAGCGAUAUUGUCCAAUUUGGAAUCUCCAAUGAAACGCUCCCUGAAAUGCUUGGCAACGAGAGUCUUAACAGUUCUAGUGGACUUUGUUCAGAAGAUGAAGGCAUGGAUUGCAAUAAAGUGACAGAAAAGGAGAACUACUGUCUUACAGCAAACCUGGCAGAGAUUCAUAAAGAGCAAAGGGUAGACUUCCAGUCAUUCCGAAGCAGGUAUGAGAAAAUCAGGCAGGCUUAUUCAAAAACCUUUCCCCCUGAAGAGGUUGAGGAGCCAGAUGUGGAGACUAGUCCCCAGUCUGUUGAUGUAAACCCAGAACCUGCACAAUGGGAGAGAGUGGAUCGGGUGUUCACUUUGGAUCUGGACUUCUUGGAAACCCUGACUCCCACCAGUAAAGACAAGAGAUUGACGCUUCCAAAGUUGGCAGCAUUUUCUCCAUUGAAUGAUUUUCGGAGUGUUCUGGGUGAUGGAGCAGAAGAUUUUGACCUCGUCUGAUCUAAUUGGGGUCUACAGCUGUAGGGAUUAAGAGUAUAACUUUUGGGAAUUUACUAUGUAACAAAUGUUUUGUUCAUGGGCAAAUAGCUGUGGUGGACCUUAAAGUUCAUGUAAAACUUGUCCCAGAGACAAACCUCCAUAUUCCUAUAUUCAAACCACUGGAAAAUCAACAAUAGCUUCCAUUCUAAGGGAUGUAUGCAAUGGUAGUUACUUUUUUUAUUAUAUUUUUUUUAUUGCAUAAAACUGCUAUUGUCAAGGUUUGAUGCUUUGUACUGUUUAACAUCGGCAAUGGGAAAGGCAAUUUUUAUUUAUUUUCUGAAAUUGUAAAUAGAACUGAAAGAGUAAUAAAGAUUGUAACAGUUUUGUUUGAUGGAAAUUCCAAGAUAAAGCAAAUAGAUGUUUGGAAUUUAACAUGAACCCUGUUUUAACAUGCGGCUUUGGGUUACAAACCAGCAUUACCUUGUUUACCAACCUUUCAAAAAAAGUUUGCACACAUUUAAUUUCUGAUCAGUCUAAUAGCAUGUACUUGCUACCUGCUGUAAGAACAUCUCCACUUUUCUCUGGUAAGCGUAGCAGGACAUUGACAAGGUUACUACACAGGAAAGAGCAAGUACCAUAUGAUUUUAUACGCAUUUACGGGACAUGUCUAUAUUGAAGGUUUAGCUAUUGAAUGAUAUCAAUUUAAUAUGAUUAAAACCUUUUUGUAUUCUGCAGUGCAGAGUGUUCACACUUUUUAAAGAAACAAAAACAAAUUGAAGCAAGUUAAUACUGAUAGUACUCUGUCAACUGACAGAUGAUGUAAAUGAGAAGUCUCCAGACCAUUCGCAGCUUGUUAGGCCAAUAGAAAUCCUCAAUA